AUGUGUUUCUCUAAACUAUCGGUCAUCUACUUCAUCCGAAACGUGACGCCGUCAUUCAAUCCCGAUCGCCUCAUCAUUGCGGGCCUGGAGCUUUUGACUAUCCUAUGGGCUGGUAUUGGUAUUCUCACGGCUGCCUUCCAGUGUAAACUGCCUCGGACGUGGGACUAUCUCCACAGUGAAUGUAUCCAACAUGGAAGCUGGUGGAGCUAUAUGUGUGUGAUGAAUAUUUUGACCGACGCCGGGGUGAUGGCUCAUGGAAUAUUUAUCGUCACGCGGCUUCAGAUGCGCUUGAAGAGAAAGCUCACAUUGGCGAUUAUUUUCGGAUUGCGCACCUGCGUGAUUGCCGCCAGCGCUUGUCAGGCUUUCUACGCCAAUGAAACGGUUGAGUCCCCUGAUCCGACUUCUGAUACUUCGCCGUUUACCAUAUCGACUCAAGCCACCCAGUGUUUGAGUCUUAUCACCUGCUGUUCGCCGCAAUUCAAACCAUUUAUAGAUAAUCUCCGCUCGUUAGGGUUCUACAUCGACGGAAUGUCGCGGCACGGUGCUUCCGACGCGAAACACAAGGCACCGAUGACACGGCCACAUAAACAAGACGAACUUUCCUGCCAGCAGCAUGAACUGGAGACCAUUUCUCCCUUUGAAAGAUCUUAUCAAACAGCAGUCACUGAGGCAUCAUCGAAACAAGAUUGGGAUGAAGGCAGUCAGUGUAGCCAGACUCACAUUAUCCACGAAGUCCACACAUAG